AGGACGACUCGCUUUCACGAGAAUUGCCGUCAAACAACCCAUCGUCCUUUUGAACCAAAUGAAGAGCUCACUCAGUCCACCAAGAAUUGAAAGAAUCUCCAUCUAGUCUGAUUGAACUGAAUGACAAUUUCAAUCCACCAUGUCCCCAUGCACAAAGCCACGACACCUAUAAGAAUCAUGAUGAUUACUUUCCAAAAGAUAGAACAGAAUCACCAGCAGGCUGACCGCAACCGCCGGCAAACAUUGCUCAACCCAACACAUCAGGUCAACCACCAAACACACAACCAAGCACCAUGGACUCGACCGCGCCGCGCCGCAGUAAGCCCUACACCCACGCCUGGCUGGCAUCCACCGAAGCCAAGACAUCCUACAUCCUGGACGAUUUGCACAUCCCCCACGUCAUCUGGGGCGACUCCGUCUUCAGCUACCUAGGCCUGCAGCUAACAAUCACCAGUGCGGACUAUGUAAUCGAAGACGAGUUCUUCGCCGUCGCCGUAGAAGCCCUGUACACCCUACCUCAGGGACUGGACUUCUGCUGUCAAGCGCCAGACCCUAACGACGCCACCAGCACCAGUACCUCACCCCCCUGCCCCUGGCACCCACACCCGCGACCAAAGGGCACCCUCAUCCCAGACGCGCACUUCAUCGUCAACGACAAACACCACCUGCACCUGUACCGCAAAUCCCGACUCCUGUGGUGGAUCCCGCGCCUGCAGGAACGCGGCGGCGACGACGAGGAUUCCCUGUUCAUGUGCACCUGCGACUCGCUCCUGCCCACGCCGCGCGCCACCUCGCACCGGGGCGGACCGGGUCGCGGGCCCGCCGACCUGGCCACCACGCACCACCCGGUGCACAUGCUGAAGCCGCACGUCUACGCGGCGGCGCUGGUGUUCCUGGCGGUCCGCAACGUCGCGCACGAGAUCGAGGCGCACUGGGACGACGAGCUGGACAAGAUGGCCGCGGCGAUGGCCGCGUGCCCGCCGUGCCAGCAGCGGAAUGUCCCGUGUGUGUUCUUGCAGUUCCUUACGCGCAGGGAGGAUACGUAUGUCUCGUUGACUAUCUUCGCGGCUUUGUGGCGGCGGUUGCAGGAGAGGAUGCCCCCAGCGGAGGGGGAGCCUGUCCAGAAUUAUAGGCGGCGGCGCCGGUGGUUGGAGAAGUGGAGACCGUGAGCUGCCCCUGUUGAUCGGGGGUUUUGACCUUGAUUGUAGAACCAAGAACUGGUUUCUUGAUCGCAUAGGCUUUUCUUGUUUAGCAAUUUAUUUAAUCUAGCCAGGUCUAUGAUGUGGAUCUGGUGCUUCAAUUAUGAUUUCUUCCGCUCCGUCUUCCCUUUCUCUCAAAGGUUUCAUGCUGUGAUAAAAUAUAAAAACAAAAUAUACCCUUUUCAGGGGUGCCUCGCUAACCACAGGAUUGAGUCAUUAUCCUAUAAAUCACCUAAAAACGAUAAGAUUAUCCUCAGUAACACAGAAAAUUCCUUGAUAUCCUGCCAGCGCUCUUCUCCUACACACCAAGUAAGCCUACGCACUCAGCCUUAAGAGGGGCCCGGCCUGCACGGAACACGUGCUAAUCAAAACAACACCCUCAAUACCGUUCCAUACCCUUCUUGUAAUCCCGAU